AUGCAAUUUGGUACCAAGAACUUAAAAUUUUUGUUUUAUACAGGAGGGGUUUGUGACCCUGGAGAUUCUCAUGAAAAUGAUAUCACCCUGUAUGCAAAGAUUGAAGGAAGAAAAGAGCACAUUACACUGGAUACUCUUUCCUAUUCCUCCUAUAAGGUUCCAUCUUUAGUUUCUGUUGUCAUCAAUCCUGAGCUUCAGACGCCUGCUACCAGAUUUUGUCUCAGGCAAAAGAACCAUCAAGGUCAAAACAGGAACGUCUGGGCUGUCGAUUUUUUCCACGUCUUACCUGUUCUCCCUUCUACGAUGUCUCACAUGAUACAGUUUUCCAUUAAUCUGGGCUGUGGAACACAUCAACCUGGUAACAGUGUCACCUUGGAGUUUUCCACCAACCAUGGGCGCUCCUGGUCCCUCCUCCACACUGAGUGUUUGCCUGAGAUCUGUGCUGGACCCCACCUUCCCCACAGCACAAUCUACUCCUCCGAAAACUACAGUGGGUGGAACCGAAUAACGAUUCCCCUUCCUAACGCAGCACUAACCAGGGACACCAGAAUUCGCUGGAGACAAACGGGACCAAUCCUUGGAAACAUGUGGGCAAUUGAUAAUGUUUAUAUUGGUCCAUCAUGUCUCAAGUUCUGUUCUGGCCGAGGACAGUGUACUCGACAUGGUUGCAAGUGUGACCCUGGAUUUUCUGGCCCAGCUUGUGAGAUGGCAUCCCAGACAUUCCCAAUGUUUAUUUCUGAAAGCUUUGGCAGUUCCAGGCUCUCCUCUUACCAUAACUUUUACUCUAUCCGUGGUGCUGAAGUCAGCUUUGGUUGUGGUGUCUUGGCCAGUGGUAAGGCCCUGGUUUUCAACAAAGAUGGGAGGCGUCAGCUAAUUACCUCUUUCCUUGACAGCUCACAAUCCAGGUUUCUCCAGUUCACAUUGAGGCUGGGGAGCAAGUCUGUUCUGAGCACAUGCAGAGCCCCCGACCAGCCUGGUGAAGGAGUUUUGUUGCAUUAUUCGUAUGAUAAUGGGAUAACUUGGAAACUCUUGGAGCACUAUUCAUAUCUCAACUAUCAUGAGCCCAGUUUCACGGGAGAUUCUAAACUUGCGUCAAGUAUGCGCUAUGUGGAAACACAGUCAAUGCAGAUAGGAGCAUCCUAUAUGAUUCAGUUCAGUUUGGUGAUGGGCUGUGGCCAGAAAUACACUCCGCACAUGGACAACCAGGUGAAGCUGGAGUACUCAAACAAUCACGGCCUCACCUGGCACCUGGUCCAAGAGGAAUGUCUUCCAAGUAUGCCGAGUUGUCAGGAAUUCACCUCAGCAAGUAUUUACCAUGCCAGUGAGUUCACGCAGUGGAGAAGAGUCAUAGUGCUUCUUCCCCAGAAAACUUGGUCCAGUGCCACACGCUUCCGCUGGAGUCAGAGCUAUUACACAGCCCAAGACGAGUGGGCUUUGGACAGCAUUUACAUUGGCCAGCAAUGCCCAAACAUGUGCAGUGGGCACGGCUCAUGUGACCACGGCGUGUGCAGGUGUGACCAGGGAUACCAAGGCACCGAAUGCCGCCCGGAAGCUGCCCUUCCUUCUACGAUCAUGUCGGAUUUUGAGAACCAGAAUGGUUGGGAGUCUGACUGGCAAGAAGUCAUUGGGGGAGAAAUUGUAAAGCCAGAACAAGGGUGUGGGGUCAUCUCAUCUGGAUCAUCUCUGUAUUUCAGCAAGCCUUAUAACAUCUUUCUGUACCUCAGUUUUCUCUAUUGUAAAGUGGGACUUGGAGAGUAUCACUGCGUUAAUGAAGCCAUAAAUGAUUUCCUUUUAUGCAGAUUUGUCUACCUGGAGCUCCCAGCUGCUGCUAAGACCCCUUGCACCAGGUUUCGCUGGUGGCAGCCUGUGUUCUCGGGGGAGGGCUACGACCAGUGGGCCGUCGAUGACAUCAUCAUCCUGUCAGAGAAGCAAAAGCAGGUCAUCCCGAUUGUGAACCCAACUUUACCUCAGAACUUUUACGAGAAGCCGGCUUUUGAUUACCCGAUGAAUCAAAUGAGUGUGUGGUUGAUGUUGGCUAAUGAAGGGAUGGUUAAAAAUGAAACUUUCUGCUCUGCAACACCAUCAGCCAUGGUAUUUGGAAAAUCAGACGGGGAUCGAUUUGCAGUAACUCGAGAUUUGACUUUGAAACCUGGAUAUGUGCUACAGUUCAAGCUAAACAUAGGGUGUGCCAAUCAGUUCAGCAGUGCUGCCCCAGUUCUUCUUCAGUACUCUCAUGAUGCGGGUAUGUCCUGGUUUCUCGUGAAAGAAGGCUGUUACCCAGCUUCUGCAGGCAAAGGAUGUGAAGGCAACUCCAGGGAACUAAGUGAGCCCACCAUGUAUCACACGGGGGACUUUGAGGAAUGGACAAGAAUCACCAUUGUCAUUCCAAGGUCUCUUGCAUCCAGUAAAACCAGAUUCCGAUGGAUUCAGGAAAGCAGCUCACAGAAAAACGUGCCUCCCUUUGGUCUGGAUGGAGUGUACAUAUCUGAGCCUUGUCCCAGUUACUGCAGUGGCCACGGGGACUGUGUCUCGGGGGUGUGUUUCUGUGACCUGGGGUACACUGCCGCACAAGGAACCUGUGUAUCUAAUGUCCCUAAUCACAGUGAGAUGUUCGAUAGGUUUGAGGGGAAGCUCAGCCCUCUGUGGUACAAGAUAACCGGGGGCCAGGUUGGAACCGGAUGUGGAACGCUGAAUGAUGGCAAAUCUCUCUACUUCAAUGGCCCCGGGAAAAGGGAAGCGAGGACCGUCCCUCUGGACACCAGGAAUAUCAGACUUGUUAAGUUUUAUAUACAAAUUGGGAGCAAAACUUCAGGGAUUACCUGCAUCAAACCAAGAGCAAGAAAUGAAGGGCUUGUUGUUCAGUAUUCAAAUGACAACGGGAUACUCUGGCAUUUGCUUCGAGAGUUGGACUUCAUGUCAUUUCUGGAGCCACAGAUCAUUUCCAUUGACCUGCCACGGGAGGCGAAGACCCCCGCCACAGCUUUUCGAUGGUGGCAACCCCAACAUGGGAAACAUUCAGCCCAGUGGGCCUUGGACGAUGUCCUUAUAGGAAUGAAUGACAGCUCUCAAACUGGGUUUCAAGACAAAUUUGAUGGCUCCAUAGAUUUGCAAGCCAGCUGGUACCGAAUACAAGGAGGUCAAGUCGGUAUUGACUGUCUCUCUAUGGAUACUGCUCUGAUAUUCACUGAAAACAUAGGAAAACCGCGUUAUGCCGAGACCUGGGACUUUCACGUGUCGGCAUCAACGUUCUUGCAGUUUGAAAUGAGCAUGGGCUGCAGCAAGCCCUUCAGUGACGCCCACAGCGUCCAGCUCCAGUAUUCUCUAAACAACGGCAGGGACUGGCAUCUGGUCACCGAGGAGUGUGUGCCUCCCACCAUUGGCUGCCUGCACUACGCAGAAAGUUCUGUGUACACCUCAGAACGAUUCCAGAAUUGGAAGCGGAUCACCGUCUACCUUCCACUCUCCACCAUAUCUCCCAGGACCCGGUUCCGAUGGAUUCAGUCCAGCUACACUGUGGGGGCUGACACGUGGGCUAUUGAUAAUGUCGUGCUGGCAUCCGGGUGCCCCUGGCUGUGCUCGGGACGAGGGAUUUGCGAUGCCGGACACUGUGUGUGUGACCGGGGCUUUGGUGGUGCCUCCUGUGUGCCCAUCGUUCCUCUGCCCUCGAUUCUUAAGGAUGAUUUCAACGGGAACCUACAUCCCGAUCUCUGGCCUGAAGUGUAUGGUGCCGAGAGGGGCAAUCUGAAUGGUGAAACCAUCAAAUCUGGAACGUCACUUAUUUUUAAAGGGGAAGGACUGAGGAUGCUUAUUUCAAGAGAUCUAGACUGUACCAAUACUAUGUAUGUCCAGUUUUCACUUAGAUUUAUAGCAAAAGGUACCCCGGAGAGGUCUCACUCUAUUCUAUUACAAUUCUCUAUCAAUGGGGGAAUCACUUGGCACCUGAUGGACGAAUUUUACUUCCCUCAGACAACCAACAUACUUUUCAUUAAUGUUCCCUUGCCAUAUACUGCCCAGACCAAUGCUACAAGGUUCAGACUCUGGCAACCUUAUAAUAAUGGUAAGAAAGAAGAAAUCUGGAUUGUUGAUGACUUCAUUAUUGAUGGGAAUAAUCUAAACAACCCUGUGAUGCUUCUGGAUACAUUUGACUUUGGACCCAGAGAAGACAAUUGGUUUUUCUAUCCUGGUGGUAAUAUUGGCCUGUAUUGUCCAUAUUCUUCAAAAGGAGCCCCCGAGGAAGAUUCAGCUAUGGUAUUUGUUUCAAAUGAAGUUGGUGAGCAUUCUAUUACCACUCGUGACCUGGAUGUGAAUGAGAACACCAUCAUACAAUUUGAGAUCAACGUGGGAUGCUCCACGGAUAGCUCGUGUACCGAUCCAGUCAGACUGGAGUUUUCAAGGGACUUUGGGGCGACGUGGCACCUUCUGCUACCCCUCUGCUACCACGGCAGCAACCACGUCAGCUCCCUGUGCUCCACCGAGCACCACCCGAGCAGCACCUACUACGCGGGCACCACCCAGGGCUGGAGGAGGGAGGUCGUGCAUUUCGGGAAGCUGCAUCUGUGUAAAUCACCUUUACCACUUUUUACAGGUCAGCUAGAAUCUGAUAGAUUCUUAUUAAUGAGUGGCGGAAAGCCAUCUCGGAAGUGUGGAAUCCUUUCCAGUGGAAACAACCUCUUUUUCAAUGAAGAUGGCUUGCGCAUGUUGAUGACACGAGAUCUGGAUUUAUCACAUGCUAGAUUUGUGCAGUUCUUCAUGAGACUGGGAUGUGGUAAAGGUGUCCCUGACCCCAGGAGCCAACCUGUGCUUCUCCAGUAUUCGCUCAAUGGCGGCCUGUCUUGGAGUCUCCUUCAAGAGUUUCUUUUCAGCAACUCCAGCAACGUGGGCAGGUACAUCGCCCUGGAGAUACCCUUGAAAGCCCGUUCUGCUUCUACUCGCCUCCGCUGGUGGCAGCCAUCUGAAAACGGGCACUUCUAUAGUCCCUGGGUUAUCGACCAGAUUCUUAUCGGAGGAAAUAUUUCUGGUAAUACGGUCUUGGAGGACGAUUUCACAAACCUGGAUAGUAGGAAAUGGCUGCUCCACCCGGGAGGCACCAAGAUGCCCGUGUGCAGCUCCACUGGCGACGCCCUGGUCUUCAUCGAAAAGGCCAGCACCCGCUACGUGGUCACCACAGACGUCGCCGUGAACGAGGAUUCAUUCCUGCAGAUUGAUUUCGCUGCCUCCUGCUCGGUCACGGACUCCUGCUAUGCUAUUGAACUGGAAUAUUCGGUAGAUCUUGGAUUAUCAUGGCACCCAUUGAUAAGGGACUGUCUACCUACCAAUGUUGAAUGUAGCCGCUUUCACCUGCAGCGGAUCCUGGUGUCAGACACUUUCAACAAAUGGACCAGAAUCACUCUUCCCCUCCCUCCGUAUACCAGGUCCCAAGCCACUCGUUUCCGUUGGCAUCAACCAGCUCCUUUUGACAAGCAGCAGACGUGGGCCAUAGACAAUGUCUAUAUCGGGGACGGCUGUAUAGAUAUGUGCGGUGGCCACGGAAGGUGCAUCCAAGGAAGCUGUGUCUGUGACGAGCAGUGGGGUGGCCUAUACUGUGAAGAGCCCGAGAUCUCCCUUCCAACCCAACUCAAAGACAACUUCAAUAGAGCUCCAUCCAACCAGAACUGGUUGACUGUGAACGGAGGGAAACUAAGUACCGUGUGUGGCGCUGUGGCUUCGGGAAUGGCUCUCCACUUCAGCGGGGGUUGCAGUCGACUGCUAGUCACCGUGGAUCUGAACCUCACGAAUGCCGAGUUUAUCCAAUUUUACUUCAUGUAUGGAUGCCUGAUUACACCGAACAACCGUAACCAAGGUGUUCUCCUGGAAUAUUCUGUCAACGGAGGCAUUAUCUGGAACCUGCUAAUGGAAAUUUUCUAUGAUCAAUACAGUAAACCUGGAUUUGUGAAUAUCCUUCUCCCUCCUGAUGCUAAAGAGAUUGCUACUCGCUUCCGCUGGUGGCAGCCAAGACAUGAUGGCCUGGAUCAGAAUGAUUGGGCCAUCGACAACGUCCUCAUCUCGGGCUCUGCCGACCAGAGGACCGUCAUGCUGGACACUUUCAGCAGCGCCCCUGUGCCCCAGCAUGAGCGCUCCCCUGCAGACGCCGGCCCUGUUGGGAGAAUUGCCUUCGACAUGUUUAUGGAGGAUAAAACUGCAGUGAAUGAGCAUUGGCUAUUCCAUGAUGAUUGCACGGUAGAAAGAUUCUGUGACUCCCCCGAUGGCGUCAUGAUUUGCGGCAGCCAUGAUGGAAGAGAAGUGUACGCAGUGACCCAUGACCUGACUCCUACGGAAGGCUGGAUCAUGCAGUUCAAGAUCUCUGUUGGAUGUAAAGUAUCUGAAAAAGUUGCCCAGAAUCAAAUUCAUGUGCAGUACUCUACCGACUUUGGUGUGAGCUGGAAUUAUCUGGUCCCUCAGUGCUUACCUGCAGACCCCAAAUGUUCUGGAAGUGUUUCUCAGCCAUCUGUAUUCUUUCCAACCAAAGGGUGGAAAAGGAUCACCUACCCACUCCCUGAAAGCUUAGUGGGGAAUCCAGUAAGAUUGAGGUUCUAUCAGAAGUACUCAGAUACGCAGUGGGCAAUCGAUAAUUUCUACCUGGGCCCUGGAUGCUUGGACAACUGUAGAGGCCAUGGAGAUUGUUUAAAGGAACAGUGCAUCUGUGAUCCAGGAUACUCUGGGCCCAAUUGCUACUUGACUCACACUCUGAAGACUUUCCUGAAGGAACGCUUUGACAGUGAAGAAAUCAAGCCUGAUUUAUGGAUGUCUUUAGAAGGUGGAAGUACCUGUACCGAGUGUGGGAUUCUUGCCGAGGACACCGCGCUCUAUUUUGGGGGAUCCACUGUGAGACAAGCUAUUACUCAAGAUCUGGAUCUCAGAGGGGCCAAAUUCCUGCAAUACUGGGGGCGCAUCGGUAGUGAGAACAACAUGACCUCCUGCCAUCGGCCCAUCUGCCGGAAGGAAGGCGUGCUGUUGGACUACUCUACCGAUGGAGGAAUUACUUGGACUUUGCUCCAUGAGAUGGAUUACCAGAAAUACAUCUCUGUUCGACAUGACUACAUCCUCCUCCCCGAAGACGCCCUCACCAACACAACUCGACUUCGCUGGUGGCAGCCUUUUGUGAUCAGCAAUGGACUCGUGGUCUCUGGAGUGGAGCGUGCACAGUGGGCACUAGACAACAUACUGAUUGGAGGAGCAGAAAUCAAUCCUAGUCAACUUGUCGACACUUUUGAUGAUGAAGGUACUUCCCAUGAAGAAAACUGGAGUUUUUACCCUAAUGCAGUAAGGACAGCAGGAUUCUGUGGCAAUCCAUCCUUCCACCUCUACUGGCCGAAUAAAAAGAAGGACAAGACUCAUAAUGCUCUCUCCUCCAGAGAACUCAUUAUACAGCCAGGAUAUAUGAUGCAGUUUAAAAUUGUGGUGGGUUGUGAAGCCACUUCUUGUGGUGACCUUCAUUCCGUAAUGUUGGAGUACACUAAGGAUGCAAGGUCUGAUUCCUGGCAGCUCGUUCAGACCCAGUGCCUUCCUUCCUCUUCAAACAGCAUCGGCUGCUCUCCCUUCCAGUUCCAUGAAGCCACCAUCUACAAUGCUGUCAACAGCUCGAGCUGGAAGAGGAUCACCAUUCAGCUGCCUGACCAUGUCUCCUCCAGUGCGACACAGUUCCGCUGGAUCCAGAAGGGGGAAGAAACAGAGAAGCAAAGCUGGGCAAUUGACCAUGUGUACAUCGGAGAGGCUUGCCCCAAGCUCUGCAGUGGGCAUGGAUCCUGCACCAGUGGCGCCGUCUGCAUCUGUGAUGAAAGUUUCCAAGGUGACGAUUGCUCUGUUUUCAGUCAUGAUCUUCCCAGUUAUAUCAAAGAUAAUUUCGAGUCAGCAAGAGUCACUGAAGCAAACUGGGAGACCAUUCAAGGUGGGGUGAUAGGAAGUGGCUGCGGGCAGCUGACGCCCUACGCCCAUGGAGACUCACUCUAUUUUAACGGCUGUCAGAUAAGGCAGGCGGCCACCAAGCCUCUGGAUCUCACUCGAGCAAGCAAAAUCAUGUUUGUUUUGCAAAUUGGGAGCAGUGCGCAGACGGACAGCUGCAACAGUGACGUGAGCGGCCCGCGCGCCGCCGACAAAGCCGUGCUGCUCCAGUACAGCGUCAACGGCGGCAUCAGCUGGCACGUGAUCGCGCAGCACCAGCCCAAGGACUUCACGCAGGCCCAGAGGGUGUCCUACAACGUCCCCCUGGAGGCACGGAUGAAAGGAGUUUUAUUGCGCUGGUGGCAACCUCGCCACAAUGGAACAGGUCAUGAUCAAUGGGCUUUGGACCAUGUGGAGGUCGUCCUAGAUGAAAAAUCCUAUAUUGCAUCUAAACCUGAUCAGACUUUUAUGACUAAUCACAGUGCUGCAUGCAUUGAAAGCAAAAUCAUGUUUGUUUUGCAAAUUGGGAGCAGUGCGCAGACGGACAGCUGCAACAGUGACGUGAGCGGCCCGCGCGCCGCCGACAAAGCCGUGCUGCUCCAGUACAGCGUCAACGGCGGCAUCAGCUGGCACGUGAUCGCGCAGCACCAGCCCAAGGACUUCACGCAGGCCCAGAGGGUGUCCUACAACGUCCCCCUGGAGGCACGGAUGAAAGGAGUUUUAUUGCGCUGGUGGCAACCUCGCCACAAUGGAACAGGUCAUGAUCAAUGGGCUUUGGACCAUGUGGAGGUCGUCCUAGAUGAAAAAUCCUAUAUUGCAUCUAAACCUGAUCAGACUUUUAUGACUAAUCACAGUGCUGCAUGCAUUGAAAGGCAUUUUUUAACUUGUGUUAUAUUUCAUUAUUUGCUGUCAUUGGUUUUCCACUAG